GAGGAGGGGUAGAGGAGGAGCAGGAAUAGGAGCGGCCGGAGGAGGCACCACGUGCGUCCAUCGCUCUCGGGCUCUGCAGCCCCUUCGCGCCGGGAGCAUCGCCCCGCAGCAUCCCGCAGGCUUGGCCAAAUAGAGGAAGAGGAGGAGGCAGUGAGGAAGAUGCUCCAGGACAGCCAGGCAGGGGUGGACAAAUCCCCACAGCAGAACCUCGUGGAAGAGGCCAUUUGGAGUGGCUCCAAGGGGCAGGAAUCCAACAGGGAGGAAAAGCCAAUGGAAUCCCCCACAAGGAAGGGCUCCAAACCCAGCCCAGGGUGCUCUGAGGAGCAAAGACCCCUCCAUUGCUUCUUCCAGAAAUCCACUCUGGUGGUCCAUGAGCAGCUUGAUGCUGGGGAAAAGCCCUAUAUGUGCUUGGAAUGUGGGAAGAGCUUCAGCCAUACCUCCCACCUCUUCAUCCACCACCAAGUACACACGGGGGAAUGGCCCUACAAGUGCUUUGAAUGUGGGAAGAGCUUCAACUGCAGCUCCCAGCUCAUCCCCCACAUGCGCCAGCACACAGGGGAACGGCCCUACAAGUGUGGGGAAUGUGGGAAGAGCUUCAGCCUGAGCUCAGUCCUGGUCCAGCACCAGAAAAUCCACUCAGGAGAACGACCCUACAAAUGCUCCAAGUGUGGGAAGAGCUUCUGCCAUAGAUCCAGCCUGAUCGGCCACAAGAAGACCCACAGUGACGAACAGCCCUACGAGUGUCCCAAGUGUGGGAAGGGGUUUCAGACCAGGUCAAAUCUCCUCAUGCAUCAGCAAACACACACGGAGUAGAGGCCCUUCUGCUGCCCUGAGUGCAGGAAGGGCUUCAAGCACAACUCUAAACUCACCAUCCACCGGCACAUCCACACCGGUGAGAGGUCCUACGAGUGUGGGGAGUGUGGGAAGAGCUUCUAUCAGAGCUCAGCCUUGACUUUACACAAAUGGACCUACCUGUAAGGGAAGCCCUGCAAGUGCCCCAAGUGCAGGAAGAGCUUUGUGCACUGCUCCAACUCCAUCCCCCCAUGGGAGGAUCCCCAGUGACCCCUGUUGGGUAGAGCCCUGGUGACCCCUAUUCUGGGUGAACUCUUUUGAGAAGAGUUGGUGGUCUCCACAUCCUCCAGAUUCCCUGUAGGCACCUGGGUGAAGGCAGGGGCAGGAACAUCUAUUGGGAGUCAGAAUGACAUCAGGAAUUCAUUGGGAAGAGUGGAUUUGUUGACUUUCAACCCUAAAAGACUCAGCUCUUCCAUCCAAUCCUUUUCUCCUGUGGCGUCAAGCAACGUUGGAUGGUCUUUAAAAUCUUUUCCAGCCUCAGUGGUUCCAUUAUUCUGAUUCUCUAUGGCCCACAGGUGUCUUCCACAGCCAAAUGGGGAUGGAUUUGGGCAAAGACCAAGAUUUGGGGUGGAAGCCCCUCCAACAAAGGCUCUUCCCUGCACUGAACCCAGCCCUACAGAUACUCUCAUGAUGCUGACACAUAACUCCUUUUUUUGAGCUUGAUUUUAUUUCAUCCAUUUUUAUUCCCUACAAAAACAUGAAAUUGGCAUAAAAAUAAAGAAA